CACGCUUGUAUCCGCAUCCGAUUAAUUUGUUCAGGGCGGGCCCAUCAAUGCAUCAAUGCAUCAUGUGUCGAAGAUUUGAAGCUAAGCCUCAUAGGUUCUGGUCCUUCGCAACUACCUAUUUUUCCGUACAGGAAGACGACAGUUGCUCCUCACUAUCAUGCGACUAAAUCAGCUAGUACAAGUCAUUGGAUGCUGGCUGCUGCCAGUGGCAACCUUCUCGAGGAAUAUCGCUUUUCAAACUAGUCAGUGAUGAAUUUAAUGACGCGCGCGGUACGCCAGUGUCCAAAUGGGGUUUGCUAGUCCAAAGUUGAGAUCCACUUACGACGACCAUCACACUAUAAGAUGCAGACAUUGCUCGCUCUCCUUUAAGGAGAUACGCUCACCCUCCUGUUCACGUCAUAUACGCUCUCUGCUCUAUGAUCAUGGCCACGACUUUGAAAGGGGAGCUCCGGGAUAUCAUUCAGUAUCGCAAUGCCUACUUGCUUGCGUUCUCAGCGACCACGGGAUACGUCUGCUUCGGUUGGGAAAUUGGUCUUAUAGGUGGGGUGAUCACAUUGCCAUCAUUUCAAGAAUAUUUCGGUCUGCUAUCGGAAUCAGCCUCUGCACGCGCCAGCUUGAGCGCUAAUAUAGUUUCGGUCCUGCAAGCGGGCGGAUUCUUUGGAGCAUUAUUUUCGAGCUACUUUGCAAGCCGAUUUGGGAGAAAGCCUGCUUUAAUAGCUUCGGGAGUCAUCUACCUCAUCGGAAGCAUCAUCCAGUCAACAGCUGGAAUUGGAACGUCCUCGGCUGUUGGAUUGAAAGUUUUGUAUUUCUCCCGUUUCUUUGGCGGCAUGGGAGUGGGUUUGAUGUCAGCUUGGUGCCGGCAUACGUAUCCGAAUGUGCCCCGAGAGCCAUACGUGGUCGAUGCACUGGUUGCAAUCGAAGUUUCGGUGGGAUUGGGAAAUAUGCUGGCUUUUUGGGUCAACUACAGUGUUUCUCUUAAUAUCUCACCAGGACAAAUGCAAUGGCGAUUGCCCUUUAUCGUCCAGAUAUACCUGGGCGCUCUUGGUGGUUUUUAUGCUUUUCCAACCCGAGUCUCCCCGUUGGCUUGUGGAACGCGGACAUUACGAUGAAGCAGCUGCAGCUCUCGCAUAUAUUGCGAGGAAAGAUCAGGACGAUGUUUCUGUCGUGCUGACUCUUGGCGAGAUUCGCGCUGAUUUCAUCGGGAAGCACAGACUACCGCUACUCACACAAUUCCGCAAGAUGGGAGAAUCAAAAA